CACGCCUAUUUACUCAGUUUGUGUGUGUGUUUGAUACUGAAUCGUGAAUGUUGGUACUAAACUAUGAGAAAAAAUAUAAUUUGAUGUUAUGUGACUUUAACGUUUGAAAUACUAACAGUAAAAUGUCUGAGAAUGGUGUGAUGCUACGUGCUUUGUAUGACUUUGAAGCACAGCCUGGGAAUGGUGAACUUAGCAUUUGGACCAAUGAUAUACUAACUCUUACAAGACAGGAUGUGGGUGAGGGGUGGUGGGAAGGAACCAACCAACAAGGUGAAACUGGUUUGUUUCCAGCAGACUAUGUUGAGGUUAUUUCAUGCCCACCUCCAGAAGUUCCACCUCUACCUUUUCCUAGAGGUCUUGAGGCUAAUGUUGCUGUAGAUUCUCUGUCAUAUGUGGCACACCAAAACUUAGAAUCUGAACUUGUCGAUGAAUGGGAUGAUGAUUGGGAUGACGAUGAGUCAACAGUCAGUUCUCAGGAAGCUGUUACCAUUCUCAUUUGUACUUUGUUUAGGUUUUCCACUUUUGUGAAGUCUGGUGGUGAAUCUUUUAUUUUAGGACACAUUAAAACAAACAUUCAAGCAGAUUCUGUUAUCAAAAUAUUGGAUGUAGAUGGAGAAAUAAUGUGGACCCCUUCAUCUAACAUUUAUACCUGUUCUGUUACAUCUCCAAAAAAAGAAACCAAACUUAAAGGUCUAAAAAGCUUUAUCGCUUACCAGAUCACACCAUCAUUUAACAACAUACAAGUUAGUAGGAGAUACAAGCAUUUUGACUGGCUUCAUGAACGGUUGGAAGCUAAAUUCACUCCAAUUCCUAUACCACCACUGCCAGAUAAACAGGUUUCAGGUCGUUAUCAAAAAGAAUUUGUUGAGCAUCGAAGACUUCAGUUACAGAUGUGGGUUGACAAAAUUUGUAGACAUCCAAUAUUGUGUCAAAGUGAUGUAUGGAACCAUUUUAUCACAUGUACUGAUGAAAAGAGAUGGAAGGCUGGAAAACGAAAAGCUGAGAAGGAUGAACUUGUUGGAGCUUCAUUUUUUCUUGCAAUUCAACCUCCAGAACAACUUCUUGAUCCAGUAGUUGUCGAGAAAAAAACUGAUAAUUUCCAGAAAUUUGUCACCAAGUUUGAUGACAGUGUGAAGCAUCUGUUCAUGACAUCUCUGGAACAGUCGAAGAAGUAUACAGGAGGUUUCAAGAGAGAAAUUCAGAAAGUAGCCAAUUCUUUCAGAGAUUUAGGAACUGCUUUUGAAAUGGAGACUUCACCUCGCUCAACAUCCCUAACAUUAGCAAUAAAACAUACAGCUGACACUUAUGAAGAAAUAGGAAACAUUUAUGAAGAACAGCCUAAGCAGGACUUUGAGCCAAUGGGUGACAUUCUUCAUGAAUACAAGGGCAUGUUAGCUGCAUGGCCAGACAUAUUGCAGCUGAACAAGAGUGCAAUAAAUAAAAGAAAAGAUUACCAAAAACUCACAGAAGAAGGUAAAUUAAGCGCAGAAGAAGUUCAGUCUAUUUACCAGAGGAUAGAUGUAAUCUCUCAUUCAACUCUUGCAGAAAUAACUCAUUUUCAGUUAGAACGAAUAGAAGACUUUAAAUACAUGAUGGAGGGAUUUUUAUCAGCUCAGAUUGGUUUCUAUCAAGAGGUGGUUCAAAAACUCCAAGAAUCAUUGAACAAGUACCAAGAACUCUGAACCUAGUUUUAAAACAAGAUCAGCUGCAGCAGAAAUAUUUUUUUAUUCGAGUAUGUGCCUAAAUUGUAUUAAAAAUUAUUUUUAGGACUUAAUUAAAAUUAAUAUAAAUAUUUUUUAAUAAUUUUAAUCAAAGUCUUAAAUGUUACUUUCAUCAGUGAAAUUGGAGUGAGGAUUCAGUUAGAAAUUUAAUAUUUUUGACUGAAGCACUUACAUUUUUGAUAUUUUUGAAAAUCAAAGAAUAAUUUAGAAGAUAUUCUUUGAAAAGGCACAAUGUGUUUGAGAACUAAUAGUAUUUUUUUCCUAAAUGUGAAAAUAAUGAUUUUUUUUAUUUGUUAAAAUCUAUACUUAACUUUAAAAUUAAAAGCAUACCCUUACAAAAUGGACUUAACUCAAUAACUUCUUUGUAAUUCAGGUAAUAGCAGAGGCCUUAAAACACUUUUGAUACAGUUGUAAUUGGAAAUAGAAUUUAGGUGUAACAUAAAUUGAUAAAUGGUUUUUUUUUAUAAAUAGUUAUGUAUUUCUGUAAAAAUACAGGCUGAGCUGAGAAACAAUAGUCUUGCUGUUUGAGAAUUGGUUUCUGCUCUGUUCAGUGGAUUUGUACCUCGCAUAAAUGUUUUUGAUAGCAAUAUUAGUUUUAAAUGUAUAUACAGAGUUUUUUCCAGCACACUGUGAUUUGUAGUUUUCAUUUUAUAAGCAAAAGUCACAGGUACUUUUCUUGUAUUCAAUUUUUACAUAGAGUGAUGAUAUUUUGUAUAUCUAGUCUCUGUACGGUAAUAACAGCAUAUCAGUUGUCUUUAAUAGAAACAUGGCAGCUGUUUGCAUUAAAUUUUAUAUAUCACAAACCUUUACUCCUAUCAUUAUAUUUGUCUUUUUUUUUACUAACACUGCCUUUUAUGUCUAGAACUUUUUAUGCAGAUAAUAUACUGUAGGCAAUUGAAAAAAAAAGAGUUAACAUUCAAACAAACCUCUUGUUGGUAUUAUUUGAUGUUGUUUUUUUUGUGUGUGUGUAUGUUUAUUUCAUACUCAACUUUAAGAGCAAAAUCUUCUUCUGUCAUUUAAUAAAACAUUUUAAGCAAUGGAAUCAUUUCGAACAGUCAUUAAUCAGUUUAUACCAGUUAACCAUUAUAGCUUGUUUUUCUUUAAUGAAAGUUCACUAUUUUGUUAGAAUUACAGAACUUAUAAUUAUGAAAAAUAAAAAGCUGUAAAAGAUUUUUUUUUAUUGUGAAUAUUAUCAUUCAGUAAUGAUCUUCUAACAGAAGUUAUUACAUAAACUGAAAAUCAAAGAUUCUUCAAAAUUACUUGUAUUGAUAUAUGAUAUAUGUUAGUAAAAUAUUAAUGAAAAUAUAAAGAAAUAAGAAGUAGUUGAAAAUAUUUUAUACAAAAAACAAUUUAUUUUUCAUUUGUCUACUCAAAGUUUUUUUCAGUUGUGUUUAUUUUGAAAAUUGUAGAAAAACACCAAAAGCUAUACCAACAUCUGAGAUAGCAUGCUGAAACUUAAAAAUGAUAAAAACUAUAUAUAUAUAAGAUCAUAAACAAGGUAUUUAUUUAAAAUGUUUUCCCUCUUAGAUUUUUUUUAACUUUGCUAUUUUUUUAUUUUAAGAUUGUUGUUAAAUAAUAAUUGUUCAUAUUGGUGAAAAUGAUGAUGUAAGUAAUUAUCUUCCAAGGAGUUAUUUUUUUGAAAUCUGGUUUACGUAGCAGAUAUGUUUUAAUUUCUUAUAAAAAUUACUUUUAUUUACUAAUCUUUAUAUUGUUUAGUAGUUUUUCAUACAAUUCAUUAAUUAAUGACUGGAGAUAGUAAUUUAGUAAACUUUCCAGAAUCUUUAUGAUAUACCCUGUUUUCAUUAAUGGCUUUAUUUUCUCAGGGUGUAGAUUCUUCGAAAGUUUACUCUGCUUACAGAAAUGUUUAAGCAUAAAUAUCAAUUAAAUGUUUUUCCUGAUAUAAUGAAUGUUUAUUUGCUUCCUCGUAAUUAUUUAGCAACGAUAAUUCAGUCAUUUAGGUGAGUAUUUGUGCUACAAGAAAGAUGAUGAGCUAGAGAAUUUAUUUUUUAUAACUUUACUAACUUGUAAAUAUGUCUUCAAGAGCAACAGUGGUGAAAUAAAAUACUGACCUUGACAGCUCAAUGGCUGUAUGAUAAGCUCAUACGAAAUGAAAGGUGUUUAUUUUGUUUUUAAAUUAUCACAAGUUCUAAAAAGGACCAAAUAAAACUGAAACAUCAUUAUUGGUAGUUGAUUUUCAUACUUUGUUUACUUGUGCAAGAAAUAAAUACUAAUUAUGGGAAAACGA